AUGGCGCCGGCGGCCCGGAAGCUGGUUCUGAGCGAGGAGACGGUCCGGGCGAAGAGCGACCUGGCGCCUCACCACGACCUGGGUGCGCGGGGCAGGGGUGUGGGCACGGAGCUCGCCUGCCUGGGGGCCCUGACCGGCGGCGGGGUGCCUCCGCGCACGUGCCGCGUCUGGCAGAAGGGGCCCCGAGCUGAGCUUCAGUCUUUAUCUAUUCCUGGAACUUACCAAGAGAAGAUUACUCACCUAGGAAAUUCUUUGAUGAAUUUAGCAGGUCUGAAAUCUUUAGAUCUCUCUCGCAACUCCUUGGUUAGCCUAGAGGGCAUCCAGUACCUGACUGGGCUGCAGAGUCUCAGCCUCUACUACAACUGCAUUUCCUCGCUGGCGGAGGUCUUCCGGCUCCACCUGCUGACCGAGCUCGCAGACGUGGACUUCCGACUGAACCCCGUGGUGAAGAACGAGUCUGAUUACCGCCUCUUUGUUGUGCGCAUGCUCCCCAAGCUCCGACAGCUGGAUGACCGUCCCGUGAGAGAGAGUGAGAGGAAGGCUGCCCAGCUGCAUUUUGCUUCGGAGGACUCACGCGGCUCAGGAGAGAGCGUCCCUGCCGCUCUGAAAGUUGGAAGACCUCGCCACUCCAGAGCCACGGGCACCGACUCCUCAGCCAGGACGUGCUCAGCCAUGGACGCGGACGACGAGGCAGUCCUGAACCUCAUUGCUGAGUGCGAGUGGGACUUGCGCAAUCCUCCUGGGAGCACAGGCUCCGGCCAGCAGGAGCACGAGGCCAACGCGUGCAGUUCCCAAGAGUCCAGACAUCUGUUGAGCCCUCCAUCAGUGUGGCACCAGUGUGGGGACUCCGCGCAGCAGUGCCAGGAGAGGAGGAGCCGCCCCCGAGGCUGCUGUGUGAAGCAGCCACCACAGCGUGGAGCUGCGCCGGAGGCUCAGUGCGCCUGCGGGCCACACGUCCGCUUCCCCCCACACCCAGACUCCGUGGAUGUUGAGGACUCUUCCUCUUCUCAGAAGUCAAGUUUGUCAGGACAGAAGGUGCUGCGUCCUUUGUCUGGCCCUGAAAAGUACAGGAAGCGAAGAAUGCCUGGUGGGAGAUUCCAGGGGCCCUCGGACCAGGAAUGUCUGAGCUGCCUGGAGAGGACUGAUGGGCCCUCCAGCCCCACGGAGAGUCUGAGCAGACAGAACGGCUCCGAAGGCAGGAGUGAGAGGACCUUUUCAUCGGGAGCGGAAGAGCAGCGGUCUCAGGGCGCAACCGAUGCCAGAGAGUUGUCACCCAAAUUGCGCUCAGCAGCUCUGCCCGGGGAGAAGGCUGCGCUGGAGGUGGUGCUCCUAGAGGCGCUCCUGGACCUGGUGGACAAGUACUGGGAUGGCUGCAGGUCCCUGCACAGCAACGAGGUGUUCCUCACUCAGGCAAGACACAUUUUGUCCUCUGUUCAAGAAUUUACAGCAGCUCAGGACAAUUCAGUGGUUGUGAAUGAAGAAGUCGGCUACCUGACUCUUGAGAAUGAAUCUCUGCAAAGUCACCUGGCCAGCCAGCAGCAGUGGUACACUGCAAAGGUGGGCGAGGUGACGGCCGAGCUCAGCCGCACUCGGAAGGAGAUGGAUGACUUGAGACAACAUUUAGACAAAUCUUUGGAGGAGAAUAGUAGCUUGAAAUCUCUUUUGUUCAGCGUGAAAAAAGAAGUUAAAAAUGCAGAUGCUUCAGCUACAUUAAGUUUGCAGAUCACUGGACUUCAAACAAGUGUGAAGAGGCUCUCUGGUGAGAUUGUGGAGUUAAAGCAGCAUCUGGAGCACUAUGACAAGAUCCAGGAACUCACCCAGAUGCUGCAGGAGAGCCACAGCUCCCUGGUCAGCACCAAUGAGCACCUGCUGGAGGAGCUGAGCCAGGCUCGGGCGCAGCACAGGGCAGAAGUGGAGCACAUGCACUGGAGCUACCAGGAGCUCAAAAAGACCAUGGCCCUGCGUCCCCACAAUGGCACCAGCCGUGGUGGCUGUCUGUCCUGA